AUGUGCUCAAAAGUGUGCUGAUCAAAUUGAUUUUACAAAAGAAUCAUAAUAAAUAUAAUCACAUGCCUUUAAAUACUAAAACAAGUUUUUAAAAGAUUAAAUUGAAGAGUAUGUGAAUAAAUCAUAAAUCCCUGAAUUAUAAUUAUUGAGUGGAAAAUAUGCAAUAAAAGAUUUAAUAGUAGUCAUUUGUUAUAUUCAACAUAAUUUCAUUGCUCUAAUCAAUAAAUCAAAGUAAGUGCCACUUCAUGAUCAAAUAUCAGAAAUAAGAAAUAAACAUUUUGAAUUAACAACUGAGAGUCAUCCAGUUCAUUAAAAAAUUAAUGAAUUCAAUUCAAAUUAUACCAUAAAGGAUUACAAAGUAAACCCUAUGAGAGAUAAAUAAUAAGGGGAUGAUGGAUGUUGUAUCAUAAUGUGAA